CGGGAAGGCAUCCGAUUGCGUUCUCGCGUGGACUUGCAAUUUCAGAGCGAGAGAUCUUCUCCUUCCUUCCUUCCUCCUCCUGCCGGCCUUCGUUGCAGCGGCGAAUUCUCUCCCCUCCGGCGGAGCCACCGCGCGCGGCGGAGCUCAGUUCGGAUCCCCGUCCCCCCAACCCCUGCGGAUCGGGCGGAGCCGUGAUCCCGCCGGAAACCGUCGGCCCUAAGGAACCAUGUCGUCGAUGGAUGGCCUGGUGCCGAUAACCCGAUCCUUUCUCGCCGCCUACUACGACAAGUACUCGUUCCCUCCUCUCUCCGAGGACGUCGCCGCGCUCUCCUCGCGGAUCCGCUCGCUCUCCAACGACCUGCUCGGGGACGUCCCUCCGACCGAAGGUGAGAAAUUGUUGAUAGAGGAGGCAGAUAGGACGCCUCCCCAUAAAAUUGACGAGAACAUGUGGAAGAAUCGAGAGCAGAUGGAAGAGAUUGUUUUUCUGCUCGAGAAGUCGAAUUGGCCAGCGGCGCUUCAGCAGCAAUUGACAACAGAGAAUACCGAGUUUGCUACCAUUUUCAGCCAGCUCAAAGAUAAGGUUCAAGAAAGUUUGAGUUUGUUGAUAUCUUUUCAGGCUAGAAAUUCUGAACGUGUAUUUAACACAGUCAUGACUUACCUGCCUCAAGACUUUCGGGGGACACUUAUUAGACAGCAAAGGGAUCGCUCUGAGAGGAACAAGCAAGCAGAGGUUGAUGCUGUAAUUAAUUCGGGUGGAAGUAUACGAGACAGAUAUGCUCUGCUAUGGAAACAGCAAAUGGAUAGGAGAAGACAGUUAGCCCAGCUUGGUUCUGCUACAGGUGUCUACAAAACCCUUGUGAAGUACUUAGUAGGGGUACCACAAGUUUUACUGGACUUCAUUAAGCAAAUAAAUGAUGACGAUGGGCCCAUGGAAGAACAAAGACAACGAUAUGGACCUCCUUUGUACAGCCUCACAUCACUGGUUCUGUUUAUUCGCCUUUUUCUUUCACUAUCUUGGGGACGCUUUGAGACUCGGAAAUUAAAAGGAGAUGAGUUAUCUGCAUUGGAGCAAGCAUUGAAUGUCUAUACUUCCGAAUUUGAGAGAUUCAUCAAAUUUCUCAGUGAAGUAUUCGUGAAUUCCCCCUUCUUCAUAUCAGCAGCGGAAGCAGGUGCCCUAGAAGCAGGGCAAAAUGAUGACUAUAAAGAGAUAAGUAUACCAGCUGGUAAAAUUCAUGAGGUUUCCUUCAUGGUGGAUUCGUUAAACUCAUACAUUGCAUGGGAUUUUUCAUUGGUACAAGGGAAGAUUAACCUGGACAUUGGAUUCAGUGUGGAGUGUAUAAGUCCUUCUGGAGAAAAAACCUUGAUAUUACCUUACCGUCGUUAUGAGUCUGACCAAGGCAACUUUUGCACAUGCAUUGCUGGAAAUUAUAAGCUAGUCUGGGAUAAUUCAUAUUCCACAUUCUUUAAGAAGGCCCUUCGCUACAAGGUAGAUUGCAUUCCCCCAGUUGUGGAGCCAGUUCAGUCCAUGUCUGAAGAGGAAGCGUGAGGAGGGCCUCUUUGUUAGUUUAUUUGCAAAUGUUUGGGACAUUCUGUUUUAAUCUCUGCCCCCAGAAUUUUUGCUGGGAUGGAUAUCUUACCCGGCUGUCCUUCUCAUUGAGAAGGUGACCCUAGUGCUAAAUUGCUCGAAUUUGUAACUUUUUUGUAUAUACUCCACGAAACGAUGUAAUCAAUUCUCCUUCAUGAUUAUUGAAAGAUGAUUAGCCCGUUCAGUCAUGGACGUGGUUUUCUCACUGUU